UGUUUAUUUUUCAUUCGCUAACUAUUCAACCAAUAUUGUGUGAAGCCAGAAAUAACACUGGUGUACAGUAACGAGGAGUAAGUUAGCUAUGCUAGAGCCAAAUUGUGUUAGCAUAAAUUACGCCACAUUUUCUUUCGCAGAAGAAGACCGCAGCUGAUCAACACCUCAAUAACAAUUUCACGUUAUGUGAUCUGCUCAUCUGAGAAAACAUUUACUUUGUUGACAGUUGAGCUUUUACUGUGCAGCUUCACUCGAGUGAACUUCGCUCCGUUCACUGACUAGCCAAACAAACAACAGGUUGAAACCUGAGUUUCGCUCGAGUAUUUUGCAGCUGUUUGUGUGCCUGGAUAAAGGAAGAAUGGAGAUUUCCUUUAGAGGAAAGCGUGCUUUGGUGACUGGAGCUGGCAAAGGGAUUGGACGGGCCACCGCUCUGGCUCUGGCACGCUGUGGGUCAGAGGUCACGGCUGUCACACGCACCAAAGCUGACCUGGAUAGCCUAGUGCAGGAGUGUCCCUCCAUUAAGCCGGUAUGCGUGGACCUGUCGGAUUGGGACGCCACCGAGGAGGCGCUGAAUAAUGUUGGCCCGGUGGAUCUUCUCGUGAACAAUGCAGCCUGCGCAAAACUUCAGCCCUUCCUUGAAGUCACGCCAGAUCAGUUUGACAUGUCUUUCAAUGUCAAUGUAAAAGCUGCACUUCAUGUUGCUCAAAUCGUGGCUCGGGGUAUGAAGGCCAGGGGAACUGGAGGAUCCAUUGUGAACGUCUCGAGUCAGGCAUCACAGUGUGCCCUGAAGGAUCAUGCCGUGUACUGUGCCACUAAAGCAGCACUGGACAUGCUGACCAAAGUGAUGGCGCUGGAGCUGGGGCCGCAUCAGAUCAGAGUGAAUUCGGUGAACCCGACGGUGGUGAUGACGGAGAGGGGAAAGAUUGGAUGGAGCGACCCAGAAAAAGCCCGAAGCAUGACAUCACGCAUCCCACUGGGCAAAUUUGCAGAAGUGGAGGAUGUGGUGAACUCCAUCCUCUUCCUCCUCAGCGAUAAGAGUGCCAUGACCAACGGAGUGAUGCUGCCUGUGGAUGGAGGCUUUCUGGCUUGCUGAACGAAUGAGGUGAAGGAAGAAUGGAUGCAUUUUAUGUGUUACAACUCAUGUGUGUUCAUGUUGGCCACGAGUUUUUAUGAAACUGAAAUUUCUCACAGAUAUUCAGAAGACUUGGGAGUCAUAUAGAGUCAUAUAGAGACUGUUAUAAUGGCAUUUUCAUCUUUUUUUCCCUUUAAUUUUCAUUGUGCGAAAAAGAGCAGCAUGAACAUUCUGUGAAAUAUCUUUUCUUUCUUUUUUUUCUUUUUUUUUAUUACAUGAAAUAAAGCAAAUCCAUUAUGGAAUUUUGUGAGUAAAUGAUAACUGGAAUGGGCCACACUUUAUGUGUAUCCAGAAGGACAUUUGCACUCGGUAUGUCUCUUGAUUUACAGGUUGGCGUCAAGUAUUAAAGGUAUAAUUUAAUACCCAAAACUGAAAAUGCACCAUUUACUCACUUUCAGGUGGUGUUAAACCUUUUCUUUUGUUUUUCUGUUGAACAUAAAUGAAGAUAUUUUGAAGAAUGCUGAAAGCAUGUAACCAUUGACAUUCAUAGUAAAAAAAUUCAUGCAUUCUUCAAAAUAUCUCCUUUUGGGUUCAACAGAAAAAAAGUCAAACAGGUUUGGAACAAGUCUAAAUCUACUUAAAUCGAGCUGAAACAACACAAUUCUGGAGUUUUUUGGGGGGACAACUUAAUUGUUUUAUGUUCAAUCCACUAAAUUGAUUUGUGUUGGGACAACAUGAAUGAGUUGUGUGGAACCCUGCAGUAUAAAAGGUGUGUAAAUAAUUUUAAGUUUUGGGUGAACUGUCCCUUUAAGACUGGAUUGAAGAUAUACAGACCAAAAAGCAUCAGUCCAAAUCUCGCUAAUUCAUCCAUUGCUCUUUGUGGUUCCUAUAAAAAAUGUUCUAACAUGGAGUUAUUUCUAUUGAAAGAUUGGAAACAAGUGUUGAAAUGAUCCUUCUGAUAUUUGCACAAACACGUUCCUCACUGCAGGCCAGUGGUUUGCGUAAACAUGCCAAAACGAUCUCUUUUUCCCAAUGUUUUCUGAACAUGCCUGCUCUCCGUUGACACUACCAAAUGCUAUCAUUGACUGUUCUUUUUGCACCUCUGAUUAUUUUUGCAGUUGUUUUUUUUUUUUAUCUGACGAACUGAUAAGGUUGUAAAGUAUGAUUUUGGUUUUUAAUAAAUGUAUUUAUUAUGCAGA